AUGUCUUCAUCAAGCUCUCUUGAACUGAACCCGAGUCUUAAACCAUCUUAUGUGCCUAAAACCAUAGCAAAUCUGCUCAAAGAUAUCUCCAACGUCGAGAACGCAGUAGAUAAGUUAGUAGUUUUGAAUAAUUAUAUCAUUCAUCUUGAAGGAGAAUUGAACAGCAUCUCCGCUUUCAAACGUCGACUUCCUCGAUGCAUGUUGCUUUUAAUGGAGGGACUUGGGACUUUGAAAGAGGAGUUUAUGAAGAUCAAGAGCGGGAUGGGACCUGAAAAUGAAGGGCCGUUAAUGGAGUUCUUGGCGAUGAAGAAGAAAUUUUAUGAAGGAAAACAACCACACACGUCUGCUCAGGAUAACCAAAACUGUGAUUUCAUAGGAAAGGGUCUGAUGAGUUCAUCUCCUCACCAUCUAUGGAACUCUAUGCAGCACAAAGCAUUCGAAGACUUUAUUCAGGCUUCUUAUGAGAACCCCAAUCCUUUCGAGCCAAGCAGAUGUGCAAGUGUUAACGGAACCACAAACGACAAUGGUGAAGGCGGGUUGUACCUGAGGGCUGAUGGUGGAACCCUAAAUUAUAACCCCAAGCCACUGUCUCAACCUAAUGGGAAGAGCAACAGGCGAUCUUGGUCGCCCCAGCUUCAUGCAAGGUUUCUGGAGGCUUUGCGUAUCAUUGGAGGCAUUGAAGUGGCGACUCCUAAGCAAAUCAGAGAGGUCAUGCAAGUUGAGGGCCUCACUAAUGAUCACGUAAAGAGCCACCUUCAGAAAUAUCGACUUCACUGCCGGAGGCUGUCGGAAACUAAUGCAAAAGGGUCGGGUAAUUAUCAAGAUCCAUGGGCACCCCAACUAUAUUACGGCCUUGAAGAGCAAAUAUUGUGCUGCUUUUAA